UUCACUCUGUUAGCUCCUACAGCUAGCCUUAGCAGGGAGCGUUAGGCGCAGUAAAAUGAACCGUUAUUGCCCUUUGUUUUUUUCUUAAGCUGGACUGGCUGACUAAAUCCUGAGAGCUGAUUCACCGCGCCAAUGCGUGGUUUGGGUUAUGUAAUCAUCUAAAUUUACAAUUAUUUAAUAAAAGUAUUAAUCGUUUUUUGAAACAUACUCUCUCCAGUUCUGUGGCUAACUGGCUAAGUCUUAAUUUGAGCCCAAAAAAGAGGCAAGACUUCAAAACUUGGCCAACACACAGCUUGAAGCAAAGAAAUGUUGUUCAGCAAAUAUUGACGUUAGCGGACAAAUGCCUGUAAGCUCUUCUUCUUCCUCUAAGACCCAAAGACUCUCAUGUGAGUUGAACAGAUUGAUUUGUUGGAAACAACCCAGAAGUUAAGGAUCAGCCUCACAGUGGUGGAAAUUCCAGUUGUUUUGGACAAGUCAGGUUUUACGGGCAGAGUGAGUGCUUCUCACCCACCAGCAUGUACAUUGGACAACGGAUAUCUUAGCCAAAAUAGACCCUGGCUUCCCGAAGAUGACAAGGUGCUGGCAGGACGCAGCUACAAAAUGAUGGGAGGUAGUGAGAUCGCCAGCAGAGACAAGGAUGCGGUCCACGUUGCUGCAAUACAUGUCCCCAUUGGCUGGCUUCGGAGAGCGGAGAGAGGGCAGGUGACCUAUGUCAGUCCCAGUGGCACCACCCUGUCCACACUGGAUGAGGUCAAAGCCUACCUGCUGACUGAUGGCACCUGCAAAUGUGGUCUGGAGUGCCCACUCAUCAUUCAUAAGGUUUUCAACUUCAGUGUGGGCGUGAAAGUGGAACAGAACAGUCAGCCGUCAUGUAAAGCAGAGCAGGACAUGACCAAAUUGUGCAAUCACCGCAGGAAAGUGGUGGCGAUGGCUGCUCUGUGUCGGAGUAUGCAGGCCUCACAGCUUCCAUUCACCAACUUUCAUCAUCCAGAUGUGACUCGAGGGGACAGUGGGGAUCCAAAAAAGGAACAUUCAGAGCGCAAAGAGGACGAGCGUGGACUUUUUUAUUCAAAACACAAUCCAGUACCAACUCGGGGGCACAACAACCUUCACCCAAACCCUUCCCCCAGCCCCAAAUCCUCCCAUCACUUCAUCUACCCUUACAAUGGUUCCUCCCCUGUGCCGAAUACAGGCACAAACUGUCAUCACCCCCUAGAUGCUUUUAGAAGACAUCAUCAUCAUCCUCCUCUCCCAGCAGCCUCCACUGCUUCCACUAGCUCUUCGUUUCCACCUCACAGCCCUGCCCAGAGGUCACCCCACACACCCACGCCUCAAAACACCAGUCAAGGUCAAAUAACACCCAAAACCCCUGACACCCCUAGCUCUCCCUGGUUAGGUCACCUGUCAUCGCCUCCUCCCUCUUCCCCUAUGACUCUUGGAGGAGUGAGAGGAGGACAGACUCAUUACCCUUUAACUCCCCUUUCUCCAUCUAACUCCUUCUCUCCCUCGGUGCACCCCAUGGGUUUGCCUUCUCAACAGCGAUCCCGCCACCCGUCUGCCUCUCCUUCCUCUGCGUCCGAGCAUGGAGGAGGUUCCACGCCGGCCGAAGGAGGAGGAGGACUGAUGGGAAAUAACUUACCCAACAGGAGGAAGUCUGCCUCUUCCUCUCCGCACUCCCCAGUCCCCUGCGGAUCCCCUCUUCCCAGCCCCCACUUCCCCAAGUACAAGCUGGAAGACAUCUUGGAGCAGUUUAAGAACUCAGGCAACAGCAGCACUAACAACCACCACAUCCUGAACCCCACUAACUCUUCUUUACCCACCAACCAAAGCACCAGUCACCCACAUGCCGUUUCCUCAAAGCCCACCAAGGGCACCGUGACUCCGGCCGACAGUGCGAGACCAAAAGGUUUCGGUUUGAGUCAGUCGGCGCCCUCUAACUUGUCUCUGGGGCCGCUGCUGAAUCACCACUAUAGCCAUCAGGGCAAGCUGCCACACCCAGUUUCGUUCCCCGCCAGUACCCUGCUCUCCGCAGCGGCCAAGGCUCAGCUGGCCAACCAGAUCACCCAGGGCUCAAACGCAUCCAGCAGCGCAGGGAACUUGCACUCCACUCUGGAUGUGUUGAAAGAGGCCCAACAGCAACAAAAGGUAACAAACAGCACUUUACAUAACAGCAUCGCUUCCUCUUCCAUCGCUUCUGCUAGGCUUCCUCAUCCCUCCCUUGCAGCAGCUUCUGCUGUUCUCUUUCCCCCGUCCCAAACUCUAGCCCAGUCCCUCGUGUCCUCCUCGCCCCACCCACCCCCGACAGCAGAACGGGGCGCGGCGCACAGGAAGAGGCGGCGGCGAUCCCCCACAGUCGUCGGCGCGCUGAGAGACAUGCUGCCACUCGCCAACGGAGUCCGAAAAGCGGCAGCCGACGAGGCCGCAUCUGCUACGGUUAUCAACCUUUCCUCUUCUUCCACAUCCUUCCCCUCCUCCUCCUUCUCACACUCCUACUCUACCUCAGUUGUGCAAAAUCAGAGUACAGUCACAUUGGAAAACCAUCAUCCCAGCCUCCCCAGACUCUCCACUCCUCCGGGACAUCUGUCCACGUCUCCUCUGCCAAACGAGACUCGGAGUUUCACUACAGCCCCCACACCCAUGCCUCUUAGCAUAGACCCCCCAACCCAACCGCUGUCCGCUUUGUUACACCUGCUCAGCGUUCAGAACGCGCAGGCUACUGCGUCACACUCGGCCUCAGCUCCGUCUAGACCUGCCGAAGGUGGUGGACACACUAAUGAACCGAACUUGAGGCAAUCCCCACCUUCUACUUCUUCUAAUGCCAGAACACAACAGAGUCGACCCGUAUGCCAAACAGAUGACACUAAUCUUUUACCCCUAGUGCAGCAGCCCCUUUCUUCCCCUUCCCCCUCCUCUUCUGUCACAUUACAGUCCCACUCUCCUCCACAGUCAACUAUAUCGACUCCUCUCCAAAGAGGCUCUCCUUGUAAGUCAAAUGAAGUUUUUCAGAGCAACUCUGACCCGUCUCAGCGAACUACUUCCUCUCUCGCCGACACGGAUCAGCCGUCUGACAACUACAUUCACACGUCAGACUCGCUUUCCCAGGCGUCUUCGUACACGGCCUCUCCUCGGAGAGCUGUCGCCGUGGAGACCGGGAGCAGCAGCCCACUAACAUCAGUGAACCUGAAUCAGGCAGAAGGCAAAGCUUCUGCAGGAGUACCCUCUUCUCCGAAGCCUCUGGAUCUCAGUAACCACGUCCUGGCUCUUUUCUCUGCAUCCUCCACUGUGACUCAGGAGGAGGGGGAUUCCUCCAACCACGCCGCCGAAGAUGAUGCGUCUUCCACAGAAAACCCUGCAGCAGUACAAGUGGAACAUGAACAUUUAGAUCCAAAGACGCCUCCAGCCUCCACCAGCCCCACCUUCAGUGUCACUGCGCCCCACGAGGGGAGUCACAGUCCCGCUAGCUCGACCGGUGUGGGAGAGACCGCGGCUCCGUUAGCGCUGGCGGAAGCUUUUCCCUUCAUGAACCAGGAGCAGCUGCUUCAGCUGCUGUCAUCCACAGGAGGUUUACCGUCGAUCUUGGAUUCCACAGUCCUGGCAUCAUUGCCCUUAGGGGGGCUCUGGCUGGGAGGGCAACAUGCGCAGUUACCUCCCGCCUCUGUUACGCCACAGCCACCACUGAACCUCGCAGAGCCGCACCAACCAGAGCAGCCGCAUUUACUAGUGCAGGAAACGCAGCAACAAAACCAAGAGCAGAAGCAGCAGCAGGUUAACAACAACCCUUUGUUUCCUUUGCUGCCCCUGUUGAGUAACGGGCACGGGGAGCUGCCGCUGAACCUUCUGGGCCUGCUGAACCCGCUCGCUGCCUCGGCGCCGUCUGCAGGACAGGAAGCGGACCUAACAGAGAGAUCAAGUCUUCAAGCCCUGCUCAUGGCCUCUGUUCUGGUCGGGCAGCAGCCCACCUCCUUGUUGCCUCUGUCGGUGCUGGGUCACCUGAACCAGAUCAGCUUGGAGGUUCCGAUUCAGCACUCCCAACAGAUCCCCGGCACGCUGGAGGGGCUCAGCCUCGAUAAGACCUCUGGCCUCCUCGAUCUGACCUCAGGCCUCUUAGACAUAACCCACGGCCUUCUUCCUCUUACCACCGGAGCGGAGAAUCCAAUCCAAGCUCUGCAGUCUCUGCUCCUUCCUGCCGCUCUUCCUCCACCCCCUGCAGCCUUCCUGCCCCUUGGCCCCGCUCUGCUCACAGCUGCCCUGAGCUCUGCUGAGCUCCACUCUCCUCCCAACACCCAGUUAGCUCCUGCACAGCAAACCCAACAUGCCCAGCCUCAGGUACCCACUGAUACAGCUGUUGACACCCUCAUCCCAGUCUCUCUCCAAGGCAAAGAUAAUUCUCUCCUCCAACAAUUACUUCCCACUUUGCUUAACCCGUCUAUGUUAGGAGACGUUCCCGGGAUCGCCGGGCUCCAGAACAUGGUCGGCCUCGGAGCGGGUUCCAUUCUUCUGUCCCCAGUUCAAGCUUCUGCUUUGGGUUUGCUGCAGAGCCCUGAUGGAGGAAUCAACUUACUCAAUAACAUCCAGCUGAACCUUGCGCCUCCCUCAGACGGGGAGAAACCCGGCUCUUUGCAGGAAACCCAAAGACCAGCCUCACACGAAGGUUUACCGGCCAGCGAAAUUGCUCCUGAAGUAUCUCCAUGUCCUGUUUCGGCUCUGGGUCCUCCUCCUGCUCAAGAAUCCCCUCCGCCCGCUCAGAGGGGGUCGGAGGGCAGGUCCGUCAUUGACCCUUACACCUCUUUCAUGGACACCAUUUAUACCUCUUUUCUUCAAGUGAGUGCUAAAGAACAGGAAGACGGGGCUCAACUGGGGCCGUCAGACCCUACUUCACCCUUCUGUGCCUUACCGCCGGUUUCUUUCCCCCUGGAGCACCAGAGCUCGUCCACUAAUGCCCCCACUCUGCCCCAGGCGAGCGCCCCCAUCUCCCUGAGCCCACGGCGAGCUUGCUCGCUCCGCAACCCGGACUUAUCACGACUCAGCCUGGAAGCUGCCGCUCAUUCUCCGGCCCAGGGGACGCCCAAGCCAACAGAGGACGGGCCUACGUCCCCGCUACAGAGGAAGCCAGUCAUAGAGGGACACACCCACCUAGAGCCACCUUUGCACCCCAUAUACUUGGAGGAGGCUAAGACGGACUGUACUGGUCCAGCAGCAGCAGUUUGUCCAUUCGUGGAAAUGGGCGUGGACAGGCAGGGACAACAUCCCCACGCGGGAUACCUCAGUCCCAGAGACGGACGCAGUGAGAGGACCAGCAAAGAGACAACGGAGACAUUGCUGCUCACUGGACAGGGAAUGGAUCAAGCAGGGGCUGCCGGUGGAGCCAGACGAGGAAGGAAAAGAAAACAAACGCUUCAGAACGUGUUAGAAGAUUUCAGAGACAUGGAUGCUACAGCACUAGAGGAAACCAAGGCUACAGCGGCGCUCCUGAAACCCGACAGGUCUGUGCGUGGCAGGCGGAGACGAGGUACCAGAUCUCAGAGGCAGUGACUAGUGGAAGAAGACAUUCAGCAGUAAAACGGUGUCCAGGCGCCUCCCGACACACCCCAUCCAUCUCUCUGCUGUCGUCUCUACUGCUUCGAGCAUUUUAGUGGGAGGGGAGACAAAACAAAACAAAACAAAAAAAAAAAAACAACUGCACUAACGGGAUGCUGUCGUCGGGUCAACUUGAGUGUGGAAACCACUAUUUAAAAUAACACAUAGGAGAAAGAUAUAGUCAGAUUAAUUUAUUUUUUAAAACUGUGUGGGAGAGAGGGGGAGAUUUUUGUGGAUAGUUUUUUCACUAGAUUUUCUCUUAAGUCAUAAAACAACGUCUGGACUUUGUGAUCAGAGACCUUUCAACUAGGUUGGCGUUAUAUCAAUGAAAAACAAACGAGUACUGUUUUCUUCUCAUCAGUGUGUUACUAUGAGUCAGGAUAAAGCCCGUCUACUUGAAUGAUGUUCUGUGUUGAAAGUGUGUCUCCACGUGUGUGUGGGUGUGUAUGCGUGGAUUUUUGUCUUUUUGUGUGCUUGAGCGCGUGCUGUUGCUGAGCCCCAAUUGUGUUUGUCAAAAAUUUGUUUUGGUAUCAGUAUAGAAGAACCAGUCUCUCAUAGCUGUUGUGUUUUUAAAGCCGGUAGUUGUAUUUGAGAGAACAUCUUUUUAAAGGUUUGAAGGAAGUGCUGAGAAGCAGUGAGAAUGAAAUGAAUCUCUUUCCUCUUGAACUCAGAUUUGACGUUGCUAAGGAAAUGGUUUGGUUUGGGUUUCUUUGGCUGUUUACAUCAACCACAAAAAAAAUACAUAACCGUUCAUUAGCUAGAACUGUUUAUUACUUGUAAGAAUUGCUCAUAAUUAAUUGAGACACAAUUUAGCAUUUUUUUGUACACUAUUCUAAAUCUUUGUUUUUAGUUACUAAGCCUGGGUCUCUGUAACUUCCUUCUGAAAUGACUGAAUUUGUGAGGUUUUUGUAGAUCCACAACAAAUCUUGAACAGUUCAUGAUACUUGAGGUGCAUUAUGUGACUUCUUGGCGACUCUAGUUACAUUUCACGUAUUAUUAAAAUGACAUGUAGCUACGGUGCGAUGGAGAGUAUUUCAAAGGCCAGCUCCCAUCCACGCAUUGCAGAUCUAAACAUUUGCACAAACUUUGAGGUUGUGGAAAGUACUGUAUGUCUUUUUAAAAUUGGAGAAGUGGCUUGCAAGGAUAACGAGACGGAGCGUGAUGGUGUCCGUGAGUGUGUGUAACUGUUGAGUCUGUGUGUGUUACUGUGGACUUGGAGUGAUGCGUUUAUCCUCGCUGUGUUUCCUCAUAUCACUCUCUGAGCUCUCCUCCACUCACUGCCCUGCCCCAGGAGUUUUGGCAUCUCUGUCUGUAUUUAAAAAAUAUAUAUAUAUAAAAAGAAAAGUGAAAAGAAAAGCAGAUUAUGCAAUUUCUAUACUUGGACAUUUUGUACAUAUGUACAGUUAAUGUGUUUGAUUUUAUAUUGUCAGAGAAACACCAGAGAAAACAAUUGUGAAUUUUCUUGGAAUUGUAAUUAUUUUUCUCAUUCUACCCCUUUUGCUUUCAAUACCUAUGUUUAAAAAAAAAAAGA